UCUCCUAACGCUGUUUUCUGUGAGAACUCUGUUUGGUUAACCAAAUUUGUUGUUUUUUCUAGGAAGUACCUACUUCUGGGAAUCUCUUAUAAUUUGAUGGGUAGUUGUUAGAUUUCUUUUUAUUUCAAUCUUGUAUUUGUGGAUGAAGACUAUGUUUGUAUUACAUAUUGACUAAAAAAAUAAUUUGAAGGGUGUUUUUUGGUAGAAAUUGUCCUCUAGGAUGAGUUUGGUUAGGCGGAACCGGAGGUCAGAGAGUUACUUGGACAGAAAACCGUUGUCGAAUUUGGAGGAGGUGGUUUCCAAGGCUGCAGAAGAGGUGGUGAAACACCGCGACGAGGCGGAGGUGUAUGUUGAAGAUGAUGGGUGGCUUUCAGUGUUGGUGUCGUGGAUUAGGAUCAUAACUUGCUUCUUAAUAAUGAUGAUUACUACUAUUGUUUGGGUACUUGUUAUGCUGGUGUUGUUACCAUGGCCUUAUGAAAGAAUUAAGCAAGGGAAUAUUUAUGGGCAUGUCACUGGUAGAUUGUUGAUGUGGAUUCUAGGUAAUUCUGUAAAAAUAGAAGGUGCAGAAUAUUCUGAAAAAAAGGCUAUUUACAUCAGUAACCAUGCAUCUUCAAUUGACAUAUUCCUUAUCAUGUGGCUAACUCCUACCGGUACAGUUGGCAUUGCAAAGAAAGAGAUCAUUUGGUAUCCUCUGUUAGGACAAUUAUAUGUUCUUGCUAAUCAUCUUCGUAUAGAUCGCUCCAAUUCUGCUGCUGCAAAAGAAUCCAUGAAAGAGGUGGCUCAUGAAGUUGUCAAGAAUAACUUGUCCCUAAUCAUUUUUCCUGAGGGUAGAAGAUCGAAAAAUGGGAGGUUACUUCCAUUUAAGAAGGGUUUUGUUCACCUUGCACUACAAACAAGACUUCCUAUCAUUCCAAUUGUCAUGACAGGCACCCAUAAAGCUUGGAAGAAAGGUAGCUUACAUGUUCGUCCUGCGCCCAUAACUGUGAAGUAUUUUCCUCCUAUAGAAACUCAGAAUUGGAAUGACAAUGAGGUUGAUAAAUAUGUAAGUCUAGUGCACGAUGUAUAUGUUAAACAUCUCCCUAAAUCUCAAAAGCCUCUUUAAUUUGUCCAAACAUUCUAAGCAUAAAAAUGCUUUCAUAGCUGAAGCCUGAGAGUUUCUCCAGUUUGUUAUGUACUUAUGUACAACAUUGUGUACUAAGUAAAUAAUAUCACUAGGUUGUAUAUCUUAGGAAAUGAUAGCUUUGCAAUCUUUUAAUUAAUUUGUAAUUAUGUCAUAUACAUUCUUCACUAGUUAGUUGUAAUUACUGUUGUAUAUCUUCUACUAAUCCUUGCAUAUAUGCUUGU